AUGAGGGUUCAGAUUGCACUCAAUGCUGCUAGAGGCCUGGAGUACAUCCAUGAGCACACUAAAGCUCAUUACGUUCAUCGAGAUACCAAGUCGAGCAACAUUUUGCUCGAUAGUUCUUUCAAGGCGAAGAUUUCAGAUUUUGUAUUGUCGAAGCUUGUUGGAAAAACACAUGAAGAAGUAACAACAACAAAAGUUGUUGGUACAUUUGGUUAUUUGGCACCAGACAAUGGACUUGCAUCGUCGAAAAGCGACGUGUAUGCAUUUGGUGUUGUGCUGUUUGAGAUCAUAUCUGGAAAGGAGGCCAUCAUACGAACUGAAGGCACCACGACAAAGAAUAUUGAGAGACGUUCACUGGCAUCCAUUAUGUUAGCAACUCUUCGAAACACACCAGACUCAGUAAGCAUGUCGAACAUGGAUUAUAUCGAUCCAAACAUGUUGGAUCUUUUUCCUCAUGAUUGUGUCUUCAAGGUGGCUAUGCUGGAAAAGCAAUGUGUGGAUGAGGAUCUGAUUGUACGACCUGACAUGAAAGAAAUAGUGAUAAACAUGUCACAGAUCCUUUUGUCAUCAGUUGAGUGGGAAGCGACGCUGGCCGGGAACAACCAGGGAUCCACAACGACCCAUAUGCAAGAUCGGAGAUUUUGGAUUAUCAAGAAUCAAACGCAAUACUCUAGUUUCUGGAGGUGUGCGAGGAACUUGCCAUGGAUGGUGCCAGAACUUCUAAAUGGUAGCAGCACCAAGGUUUUUGAAAAGGUUGAUGUAUUCUCGUAUGGAAUUUCAAUGUGGGAAAUCUUGACUAGAGAUGAGCCAUAUGCUGAUAUGCAUUGCGGUGCCAUCAUUGGAGGGAUCGUGAAGAACAUGCUUCGACCUCCUAUUCCAGAAUGUUGCCAUCCUGAUUGGAGGAAGCUAAUGGAACAGUGCUGGUCUCAUGAUCCUGAAUCCAGGCCAUCAUUUACUGAGAUAACAAAUAGGCUGUGA